AUGUCUACCAACACUCCCAACCUGCUGGCUCUUUACACCGCUCCUGGUGUCAGUCGUUCCUUCGAACAUGAAUUGCCAACCUCCACCUCCACCUCCGCUCUCGCUGCAAAGCACGUCCACCUGUCAGCCCUACAGGCACUAGUCCCAAAACUACAGGAAGAAAUCAAUGUCUUUUUGACCGAGCGCAUGGAAGAGGACAAGAAAUCAAAUGGAAUCUCUGAGAUGGAAGCUAAGGAAGAAGAGAACUACGGCGAGGAGCUUGUGGAAGAAGAUGCUUGA